AUGUCAGAAAAAUCAGUGAAUAAUGACGCAAGUGAAACUGAAGAAACAGUCGCUGUAAAAACUUUCAAAUCAUUGGCAAAGAUUCCUUUUUACAUUUCUGCCGACAUUUUACCAAAUUCAAGUUCUUCUUUGCUCUUAAUUCAAACCGGUCUCAGCCAACGCGAUUUAACUCGUAAAAUUAAGCGAGUAACCGUGAAACAAUUGGUCGUAUCAUUAAAAACCGAGAGUGAUCCUAAGCCAAGCGUUAUCACCUCUUCGUUCUUACCAAUUGAUUUGGGAGAUGUGGUUUUACAAGCCAUUUCUCAAAGUGGUAAGAAGCUGGUGACCUUAAAGUCGGUGUCUAGUGACAAGGGCAAGAGUAGAUACGUCGAGAUUUGGGAACAUGGGAAUCUGGAAAGCGUUAUUGACGUUACGAACGUACAUGAAGAUUUCUACUCUGAUGGUGAUUUGACAGAGAAUAUUUCUCGUAAAGAUAAUUUCGGUUGUUUAAAGUGGUCAAAGAAUGAAGAAAAGGUUGUUUACAUCGCCGAACGUAAGGCACUUGAAGCUACUGAUGAAAAGAAAUAUGAUUAUAAGCAAAGUUGGGGCGAAAGAUUAGCGAAUAAGCAGGUUCCCGUGAUCGUCAUUGUCGAUAUUACUGAGAAUAAAGCGAAGGUCUUACCGGAAUUUCACAAUAUCGAUCCGGGGCAGGUACUCUUUGGUUCAGAUGAUGAGACACUGAUCUUUACUGGAUAUGAUAGAGAGCCGCGCCAGUUUGGUCUAGUAGCCUGUAUCAAUCGAUUGUCUGGGAUUUAUCAGAGCAAUCUUGAUGGAACAAAUUUGGUCCACAUCAGUGGUCAAGUUCAACACGCAAGGUCGCCAAGGAUGAACCCCGCAGAGAAUUGUUUGGUUUAUCUAUCCAAUCCUACGGGAGGGCCUCACUCGUGGUGUUCGGAACUCUAUGUGUAUGAGUUUUCAUCGAAAACGAAUCGCCUUGUUGUACCCAUAGUUCGUUCUCCAUCCGAGUCCUUUCACGAGAAUUUUCCUGGAAUAUACUGCGGAAAAAUCUUGUCAAAAUCGUUUUUCGCCAUCAAUAGUGCCGAAUACAUUUUGAUCAAUAGCUUUUGGCGUAGCAGAAAGGUUAUUUUGGCGGUGAAUCUGACCUCCGGGAAAGUUCAAAAUCUAACUUUAACCGGAAGCUGGACUCUAUUCACGGUUUGGGACAAGUAUGUGGUGGCAUCACAAGGAUUUCCAAACAAAGUCUACCAAUUGAACGUUGGAAUCCUAAGUGCCAACAUAGAGAACAACUUGGAAAUUAGUUGGGUGAUCAUUGAUCAACCGCAUCUUGAAGAAGGAGUUGCAAAAACUCUUUCCAAGUCCACGUGGUCCCUGUUGCAGCCUUUUCCGGACAAACCCAACUUGGAGGUCAUCUUUCAUCAGCCAAGCGAGACUUCUUCGGACAAGAAGCCACCUCUUAUUGUUUUUCCGCAUGGUGGUCCUCAUGGCACUUCUAUCAUAGAAAUCAGCACCUACGUGCAGACACUGGUUUCUUUGGGAUAUGCCAUUAUAGAAGUCAACUAUUCCGGAAGCACUGGGUUUGGGCAAGAUUAUGUGGAUUCAUUGAUUGGAAAGAUUGGUGAUUUAGACAUAGAGGAAGUUCAGUCGUCGGCACAGUAUUUCAUUGACAACAAUUAUGUUGAUUGUAAUUCAGUAGCAGUGAUAGGUGGCAGUCACGGUGGAUUCAUUUCCGGGCAUCUGAUUGGGAAAUAUCCCGAUUUCUACAAAGCCUGUGUCAUGAGGAAUCCGGUGCUUAAUAUUGGGGGAAUGUCCUUUGUCACGGAUAUUCCGGACUGGUGCUUUGCGGAAUUGGGUUUGUCUUAUGACCUGAAGAAACCGUGCAUAGCUACGCCAUCCAUUUACGCCAAGAUGUAUCAAAAUUCACCGACUGCCAACAUUGAUAAGAUAAAGACACCAAUUCUAUUGAUGCUUGGGCGAAAUGACAAAAGGGUGCCGAACGUCGACGGGUUGCAGUGGUGGCACUACCUCAAGGGUCAAGGUAAGGUAGACAUUCGUUGCAAGAUGUAUUACGAGACAGGUCAUUCGUUGGACACCGUUGAGGCCGAAAUCUCGGGCAUCGAUGCUAUCAGCAAGUUUCUAAAAGAAAAGGUUGGCGUUUAA